CCCCUGGCAUCGGUCCCCGUUGGCACCAUGGAGCGUGGCUGCGUGAUGGACACCUCGGAGCCCGGCAGCGCCGCCGAGGAGGAGGAGGAGAAGGCGGCAGAGCCGCGGCCCAGGACCCGUUCCAACCCCGAGGGUGCUGAGGACCGGGCGCUGAGCGCCCAGGCCAGCGUGGGCAACCGCAGCGAGGGGGAGGGCGAGGCGGCCAGCGCCGACGACAGCCCCCAGGGCACCGCCGUGCCCGACGGCACCGCCUGGCCCGGGCCCGUGCCCCACACCGAGGUCCAGGUCAAGACGCCGCGGGUGAACUGCCCUGAGAAGGUGAUCAUCUGCCUGGACCUGGCUGAGGAGAUGGCACUGCCCAAACUGGAGUCCUUCAAUGGGUCCAAGACCAACGCCCUGAACAUCUCCCAGAAGAUGAUCGAGAUGUUCGUGAGGACCAAGCACAAGAUCGAUAAGUGCCACGAGUUUGCCCUGGUGGUGGUCAACAACGAUGCCACCUGGCUCUCAGGGUUCACCUCGGACCCCCGCGAGGUCUGCAGCUGCCUCUACGACCUGGAGACUGUCGUCUGCAAGUCCUUCAAUCUGGAAGGACUCUUCAACCUGAUCCAGCAGAAGAUUGAGCUGCCAGUGACAGAGAACGUCCAGACCAUCCCACCCCCCUAUGUGGUCAGGACCAUCCUGGUCUUCGGCCGCCCAGGCUGCCAGCCUCAGUUCUCCAUGUCAGAGCAGAUGAAGAAGAUGCUGCAGUGUCCUUACUUCUUCUUCGAUGUGGUUUACAUCCACAAUGGGGUGGAGGAGAAGGAGGAUGAGAUGAGCUGGAAGGUAAGUAAGGAGAUGUACAGCUUCUUCAGCAGCCUGGACACCAAAGGCACCAACUACAAGUACGAGGUGUCACUGACAGGUCCAGCAGUGGAGCUCCACAACUGCAUGGCCAAGCUGUUGGCCCACCCCCUGCAACGACCCUUCCAGAGCCAUGCAGCCUAUGGGCUGCUGGAGGAGGAUGAGCCCCCCGAGAUCGAGGCCACCGUCUGAGCC